ACGGAGAAGCCACGUUGACAAGCCCGGAGGGCGCGCUGGGAGGGAGGGAGGCAGAGUCCUUCCCUGCCCCGCCCAUCCCGGUAGUGGGGGCGGGGGAAGGGAGGGGGCGUGCCUCCCUGCCCCGCCAGCGGCUGCUCCAGCUGUUGCAACGCGACGACGCGCUCGAGCUCUUUUAGCCACGGGCGCGCGCUGCCGGUCGCUAGCUCCCACGUCCCUUGAACCGAGACUAAAAAGGAGAGAGCGAGUCACUGUCCACAAUGUCUUCGCCCACUGACGAGAAAGUAGAGACUAGAGCUGGACACCCUCCUGCGGUAAAAGCUGGUGGAAUGAGAAUUGUGCAGAAACACCCUCAUAGUGGAGAUGCCAAAGAAGACAGAGAUAAGGAUGAUCAAGAAUGGGAAAGCACCAGCCCACCUAAACCAACUGUGUACAUCUCUGGUGUUAUUGCAAGGGGUGACAAAGAUUUCCCCCCUGCUGCAGCUCAGGUGGCUCACCAAAAACCACACCCCUCCAUGGAAAAGCAUCCUUCCCACAGGACAACACAGCACAUCCAACAACCUCGCAAGUGAAUAUCCUGUUACCACCCUCUCAGUCUGGUUCUUGGAGAAGAGCACAUUAUUUCCUCUUUGGUUUGACAUUUAUAGAACAACAAGAAUUGGUCCAAUUUUUUUUUCCUAUCUCUAGCUCUGUAGAGAAAUUUAAGACAAAGCAAAUCAGUAGCUUCCUUUGCCUUACAUUUCUUUGUUUACUGCCUACAAAUAGAUCCAUCUGAUACUCAUGUAUCUUGUUCAACUAAAUGCAAACAACACUUGAGUCUUAUUUUUACCCCAGGAUCUAGGAUCCUUACUCAAUUUAAUCUUCUGCAGUUUUGCUUAGAGAAUACAGUGAUGUUUUUAAAAGUUAAUUUUAGUAGUUCUGAAGUUUGAUUUAUACCAUAAAGUGAAGUAUGAUAUUUUAAAACAAUUAUAAGCAAAUUUUGGGAAAAGUGAGAUAAAGGUUAGGAAAAAAUGGGUCAUUUUGUAAUCUUACUUUUUUAUCAGACACUAGAGUCUUCCCAUGGAGUCCAGGGUAAAAUGGGGAAGUCAGUUGAAAUUUCACACUGUCUUUUCAAAGAAUAGCCAGAAUUUACUUUAAAAGACUUGUUGCUCUGGAGGAUGAGAAUACAAGAAGGCCUACUCAGAAUUAAACAUCUUGCUUUGAGUCAUAGGAUUGGAGAGUUUGUUGUAUCUGACAAAAUCCUGACUUAAGAAAUAGGUCAAUUUAUGUAUCUCUGUAAUCAUCUUGUUGGUUUGGAUUUGAGGGGGACUCUUAGGACUCCACCUAUUUUGAAGUAGAGGUGGUGGGAGGAGAAGAUACAUGGGUAAUGGUUUUAAAGGCUUAUUCAAACAAAGGGAAUAAUAGGUUAAAAAUCCACCAAGUUCACAAAGAUCCAGUUCUCCUCCAAAGGGAGAUUAAUUUCACUGUCAAGGAAAGAUAAACACAUUCCACUUUAGUUGGAGUAAUCUGUUUGCAGACCUCACAACUGUGGUCAGACUCCCCUUUGCCCUAAUUACAUAAUUACUCCUACUAAUGUUUAAGUGUUAGAUGUCAUUCUGAGUUAUUUGUGUGUGCUUCUUGCCAAUUGAUAUUUGUAAGGAUGCUGCUAGAGUGAUUACUAUACUAUUUUUAUGUUGGAAAAUAAACUCAUUCUAGUUAUUUGCAUAAGAAAAAGUAUUGCCUUGUUAGGAUACCAGCAGUCUGUUUGAAUCUGUUUAUUGCUGUAGAUCAGCAAUGAAUGGCACUAUGAAUGGUUGCCUAUCCAACACCAAUCAUCCUCAGAUAAAAUGAUGAAAUCCACAUUUGUCAAUUGGUAGAAAUAGUGAUAAUUUUCCCUUGAUCAAUAUCUCAAUUCUCCUCUCAAGAAGAAUGUUCACAGUUUGCUUUGUUUCAUGUUUUGAAGAAAACUUAGGGUACCCUUAGCUCCAGAUUAACAGCAGGCUAUUUCAUAUGGCAGUGACAUUGUAUCAUCUAUGUUGUUUCAUAAUGGCAGAAGUAUUAAUGUGAACAUUUUCUGCCUCUCUAAGGCAGUGUAUUUUGUCAUUACUUCACAGUCAGAACACAUACCCAGAGGCUUGCUGGUUGAUAUUCUUUUGGAACAUGUGCCUAAAGACUUGGCAUCUCUUCAGAGCUUUGUUCAGAAAUAAACAUUUCAAAUAGGAAGGGAGAGCUUUAUGACACUUGGGAAAACAAUUGAAAGUAGAUUCAGUCUAGUGCAAUCUAUAUAUCACACUCUCAGAUAUAAGAAUAGUUUAGGAAGCUUCUCCCACCUCCCCACUGCCUUGAAAUCUCCACUGAGAGAUAGCUGAAAAUAAUAACCUAUUAUGUUUCCAAAAAUUUCGUUUUACAUGUAUCUUAGAUGUAGUAUAUUCCACAUGUUCCAAAUCACUGAAAAGAAACAAUUAUAUCGUGUUUUCUUUUAUAAUGAUUUGUGUUUUUCAGUAAUAAAAAAUUGUGCCUGCCCUUCC